UCCAUGCGUGGCGUUUUUAAUAUUUGUGUUUUAAGCAUGCUAGUAAUCUCUUCUGUGCUUUAAUUUGAUAAAAAUGGAUUAUAAAAAGAAGCAUAAGUCCUCUAGGUCACAUUCCCGAGAAAGGGACAGACAUUCAAGACCUAAACUUAAAGAGAGUAAGCGAUCUUGGCAGUCCAGAACCAUCAGUGACACAUCGUCGAGUGACUCUAGUUUAUAUUCCAAACCUGUUAAAAGAAAACGUUCAAAGCACAGUCAUGAAUCUAGACACAGGACACGGCAUACGUCAAAUGACAGAUCUAAAGAUAAAAAGUCUCAUAAAAGAAGGCACAGCAGUCAUUCAGAUUCAUCGUCUGUGGAAAGAAAGAAGAAGAAAAAGAAAAAAAAGAAAAAAAAGCAUAAAAAGCUAAAGGAGGAGAAAAAUAAGUCUUCUGAAGCAGUAAAACUAAAAGAAUGUGGAGAUGCAAAUUCUAGUGAGAAGAUUGGGAAGAAAGAAACUGAAGCUAAAGAAAGUAUCGGUCCCACUCCAAAAAUGAUGGCUCCAAUGACUAAAGAAGCAUGGGAGAAACAACAGAGUGUAAUCAGACAUGUCAUUGAUGAAACAACAGGGAGGCGAAGGUUGGUAAAAGGAGAUGGGGAAAUCCUAGAGGAAAUUGUCAGCAAGGAGAGACAUCAAGAGAUAAACAAGCAAGCCACCAUGGGAGAUGCUCUACACUACCAGGUUCAAAUGGGACUUCUCAAGUAAAAGACAUCAUUAAUAUUUCACUAAUAAUAUACACCUUCCUGCCGAACAGAUUUUUAGUGUUUAGAAAUUAGUAUUUUUUAACCCAGUGCAGGGCUCAUUUCUAAAAAUCAGAAUCCAUUUCCAAUAAUACUCUGCAUUUGUCAGGAAUUAUUUUAUUUAUUAGUAUUAAAUUCUGAAUUAAUUAGACCCUGAGUGAAUCUAUAACAAUAGUGGAUUAUGUAUGAUACAUGUAUAUAUCAAUUUUGAACAGAAAAUGUUGGAUCAGAUUUAAAAGCAGUGCACUAAGAAAUGUAAAGUGGAGCUGCAUUAUUAUGAUUCUUUAUGUGUGAGUGAUGAUCUCCCACCCUAUAUCCCAGUGCUUUUCUUAGAAAUUUAAAUGGCCUCAACUAUAUAUACUGAUUUUUAUCAAGGGAGGAAAAAUUGGACAAACUAACAAAUUAAUUUUUAAGGUCUUCUUGGAAUAUAGACUUGACAGUGUGUUAAACCUAGACUUCAUCAGCAUGUCGAUGAUUAUUGCUGUAACAUAGGCAUCAGAAGAACAAGAGUUCUAAUAACCCCCCACCCACCCGCCCCCGUAACUUUCAAGCUAAGGUGGCAGAGUAUGCAUUAUUGCCCCUGCCUCCAAAUGAAAGACAAAUUAAUAACUGCCCCCAACAUCCAAUUUCUGGCAUCUUCUGAGCCUAUGUGUAAGAUCAAAAAUGAAGACUAAGUAUAUUAUUAAUUUGAUUAUGUAAGUGGAAUGAAUGGGGAAUUGAAUUUCACAAAUCGGUGCCUGGUAAGAGAUUUUCAAUACUAUCCUAGCACUACGAUAUCGUAAAACCAUCGUAAGCUAUGCCAUCACGACGACACAUGCCAUAGCCUACAAUGGUUUUAGGAUAUCAUAGCACUAAGAUAGCAUCGAAAAUCUAGGCCCAGGUAAUUAGUUGUAGUAAAAUUAUGGAUUGGGAUAAAGGCAGAUCAGUACAAUGAUUCUAAAAUUGGAUUACGAUGACGAGAAUGAAAUAGGAGUAUUACUGCGCUGUUGCCAUCCAUUUUUAUUUUCUGUUGCGGUUUUUUUUUUUUUUUACUGUCUUGCUUUUCCUAACAAGGUACAUAUAAUUUUGUGUACACCAUCAAUGCACCUCAUUAUCUUUAGCCUUUAUAUUUUAUGUUUAUAUGUGAAUUCUAGCAAAACCAUUAUUUUAGUAUUAGAGGCUGUUCAUAAGUAUUAACAUUUUCACAAGCAUACAAACCAUAUACUUUGAGAAUGGGGGUGGGGAGAGGGUAAGCAAUACCCCAUACACAUUUAAAACAAAAAAUGUAGAGACCAAUUUUCCUUGCAAAAUCUACUCUCUUUUUUAAUGUGUAAUUUUUGGAGGGGGCAAGUGGGUAGCCAGAAAGUUUUUUUUAUGCUUUUGAAAGUGUUGACACUUGUGAAUAGUCCUUUAUUUUAAUGUUUCUAUAGUCUAUUUUUGGACUUAAUGUGACAGCAGGUUUACCAUGUUUGUUAGUCUCUUACCAGUUCAGCCGGAGGGGACUACAGGUUUCAUCUCCGUUCUUCUGUCUGUCCAUCCCACAUAUAGGUUUUUUUAUACUUUUUUUUUUUUUUUUACAAUGCAUCAAAAUACUGAGCUGAAAUUUUGUGUAUAGCUUUAUCAUGUACUGUUACAGAUCAUGUUUGAUUUUCAUGGCGAUUUACCCAUUUUUCAGUUAUGGUCCUUGAACUUAGGAGCUACAAAAUGUUGUUUGUGCCUGGUAGGGGACAUGUAUUUCUUCAGCAGUACUCUUAGAAUGCUUGUUGUGACAUGCAAAUUAAUAUGUUUAAGACUUGUUUUAAAGUUGCUUCAUCUCAUGUGCUUUAUGCCUAGAUCAUAUGGAGGAUAUGGUGAUAGGGAUCCAUUUUUUAGCAUUUAAUAUUUUUAUGAAUAUGAUCAUCUUUCUGUGUUUUGUUUGUUCCAUUAACUGAUAUCAUAACAAAGUUCACAGAAUAUUUCUGGGACAGGUAAAUGAAAAUCACUAAAUAAAGAAUUUAUUAUUAUAUACUCUUCAAAAAAAGUAGGGGAACCUGAAAUAUUAAUGUUAAUAUCAACUAUUAGACUGAACAUACAUUUUGACCACAGACAUCCUAGUAAAGAACGUUCGUCUAUUUAUCAAUACAUGCAUCACACAGUUGCCCCGUACUUGUGCAUGGAGUGUCAUUUCGAUUUUGACAAUUUCCAGUAAUGUCCAUUAAUCACUGUGGAACAUUAUUUCUGUCAAUCGUUUUCUUUCUGUUGAUCAUACAGUUGUUAUUGUUUUGUUUUUAGUUAUUUUUAUUGUUUGAA